AUGGCGACCGAAGAGAAGGAAGUAAAAAUAGGAAGGCAUCGCAGCUUUCAUUCGCAUCGUAAACCAUCCAAUCUAGACGUAACACCACCGUCAUCUGCCCGCCGAUCCCAUUCUUUCAAAAUUAAAUGGCUAAAGAAUGUUAUACCCAUUAAGUUCAGGCCAUUUGCCCAUUUAGACGACGAUAGUCCUAUCCAAACCACGGAUGAUCCAAUUUCACCUGCUGGAGCGGCUGAUGUUGUCUUUAGAAAGAUUACCCUUCAGUUAGAUACACCGACUGUCAUAACUGAUUUAGAAGAUAGCUUAGGUAUUAAAGUGCAAUUUUAUGGUGAACUUAGUGAAACAAUUCAAGAAGGAAAGUUAGAUAUAUUACAAGUAGCGGGUAUCGAUUCUAAUUCUCCAGCAUAUCGUUGUGGACAGUUAUCCAUAGGUGAUAAGUUGAUUUCUAUUAAUGGACAUGAAGUCACUACCAGCAAUCUUGAUGAGCUAUUAAAAAGCCUAGGUGAAGUUAGCGAGAUUGAGUUAGUGGUAACGAGAGUCGCAUUUUUGAAAGAUGAUUUUAAAAUUCAACCCGAUAAGAUAACCAGAAUAGAUCCUGACUUAAUUGUUUCUAAAGGCGAUACUCGACAAAAUGACGAAGAGGUUGAUCUCUAUCAGGUCCCCCAUGUUGCAUUAUGUUUGACUAUGGGAUCGUCAGCAGAUGAAGAUGGCGAUAAGGAUAUUGUCUAUAAAUUUAGUUUAUCUGACACACAAGCCAAGGUGUUGACUGCUCUGCGUGGAUUAUUUUUAACCAUGAGCGAUGUCCUAUUGCAAGUUACGUUGGAUAAUGUAUUUGCAACCUCCUUACUCAUCGACAAGAUGAUAACUAAUGUAGUAUAUUACCAAUUUGAACAAAAUUUAUUUAUAUUAGCAGUUCCAGACCAGAGAUGUGGAUUAUUUUUGUUAAAUAGAACUAUUAGAAAUAUUGCUAGAUUACUUAAAGUACUGUACGGAUCUUUACACAGUGCCUUCUUCAGUACCCAGAAUGAACAAAAUUUAAAUAAGAUAUUUAAAUAUGCACUAUAUCGACUGCUUACACCAGCUACUGAUUUAGCAAGUAUGAGAUUUUUAAAAGCGUUUUAUCCAACUUAUUUGGCACACUUGUUUGAAGCUGCGCCAAGUCUUUUUUUACCAAAUGUUGAUCAGGCUCUCGUGAGUGGAGCACUGACUAAAUUAGAAUGUGGGAGCUAUUUUCAAAUGCCUGGACAAAUGACGCAUACGCGGCGUGCAUAUGCUAGUUUAGGAUCUUGUCUCUUUUAUAAGGGUUACUUGGUUGCUAGCCGUAUGCGCGAUGAAGACUUUUUAGACACUAGAUUAUUAUGUUUCUACUAUGGUCUUUUGGAUGCGUCUAAGCGCCAUAUUGGCGGUAAUAUAACACUUUGGCAUAAGAUGAAUCUGCAAAGAUUACAAGGUGAAAAACGUAGUUAUGGGGUCUUCACUGAAGAUAGCUACGUCUAUUUACUGGUUGUAUGCGUGAAUUCCUGUGUAAUAGCUACCUUACUGGAAUGUAUUAUUCCAUCUGAUACUAUCAGUCAGAGCGAAGCCGAUCCGAUUUAUGUUAAUUCUGCUAGAGACACUAUAAAAUAUCUAGAAUGUGAUGGCUUCUUUGCCAUUUGCGAUGACAGGAUAAACAAUGUAUCGUGUGCAGAGCUGGCAUCAGCAGAUACCUUCACUACUUCUGAUAGCGCUGUGAAGCGUAGCUCAUCGCUAUCAGCAUCAUCUAGACGUUCUACUGUUAGUACAGGUAAUACACCCAAUCAUCACCGUCACCCUUCUGGUGGUAGUAUUAAUUUUUUACUGAGAUCGCCGAAUUUAAGCUUAAAUGUCUCGCGCCAUAAAAAUCCGCCCAAUUCACCUGUGGUGGAUCGUAAAGUGUUAAGUGCAAAUGACGAUGGUUCUGUAUCCGCCGCUACGUUAAGAAAUGGAAAUCCUGAAAAAUUGUCAAGCUCCCAUGGAAAUGAUUUAUUAGAAGCUGAUAGCUCGCAAGCUCGCGAACGGGCAUCUUCUUAUGGAUUACAUAGAGCUUCCCCUAUUGUUUCACGUAAAAAUGCGAUAUCGGCGAAUACUGCUUAUUCCUAUUUGGAUACCACAGUUGAACAAAGCAGAAGCGAGGGAUUUAGUAUACGUAACGUUACCUCUGGAAAAAUCAAUGUCUUAUUCCAUUAUAUUGGUAUAAAUUCAAAAACGGGUAUGUUAAUAAGCCCUACAUCGCGAGAAUUGGCAUCCAUUGACGGAGCGCUACAGAGGAAAAUCGUCACCAAAUUUUAUUGGGCCUGUGCUGUCAUAAGAAAUACUUUUUUAUCGCGACAAGGUCAAGGAAAGAAGCCUGAAAAUGUGUCGCCAAAAUUUGUAAAGAAAUCCCUAAAUGUAUAUGAACAAGGUAUCUUAUUUACUCUUUCACCAGAACGCGUAGGAGGAGGAGGAGGAAAGAAAUUACGUAAACCGCUCAGAUACUGGGUUAUAGGCUAUCACGAAUCUAUCUCUCAAAAUAUUUGUGAAGUAGCUCACCGUAUUGGUUUUGCAUGGAAUAAAUAG